AUGGUGGUCAUGAACGACCAGGUGCUGGAGCCCCAGAACGUGGAUCCUUCCAUGAUCCAGAUGACGUUCCUGGACGACGUCGUGCACUCGCUGCUGAAGGGCGAGAACAUCGGCAUCACGUCCAGACGGAGGUCUCGGUCCAGCCAGAACAACAACUCGGCCCACAUGGCGGGAGGGAGACCCGGCGGGACGACCGGCAACACUCAGCAGAGUCAUUAUACGAGAGCCCAGGCCAACAGUCCCCGCCCCAUUAUGACGUCAUCGGGCCCCUCCCCUAAAGGCCCCCAGGGGGCCCCGCCCCCCCAGCAGCAGAGCCCGGCCCUGCCGGCCCAGCCGGGCGAGCAGCGCAGCUCGCGCUCCUCCCGGAGGAAAGGCUCCGACAGCAGCGUCCCCGAUGAGGACAAGGACCGGCGGGAGGACGCCGCCGCCGCGGGGCGAGAGUCCAAGUCCAAGGCGAAGCAGCCGCUGAGCAAACGCAGGAAAGGCGAGGAGGAGGAGAAGAAGGCCGGCCUGAAGAGGCUGAAGGCCGACGUGACCUCCGACCUCUCGGAGAGCAGCGACUCGGAGAACCCGCAGCACAAGCGCAACGCCGGCUCCUCCUGCUGCUCCUCGUCCUCCUCGUCCACGUCGUCCUCCUCCUCGUCCUCGUCCUCCUCCUCCGAGCCCAACUCGGAGAACGAGCUGAAGAGCUCUGCCGUCUGCAAGAUGGAGGAGGACGAGACGCCCGUCACCAAGGGGGCCAAAGUAGAGCGGGCCUCGGCCCUGAUUGGCCGGGCGUCGCCGUGGGCGGAGCUCCAGGACGACAAGAAGAGCGUGUUGAAGGAGAAGCUGAUCACCAAGGAGGAGGAGGAGCUGGUGGCCGUGACGCAGAUCGCCACGCCGCCGUCCUCCGACUCGGAGAAGAAACCCCUGAAAGCCUCGUCUCGGUCUCAGACGCCGUCAUCCCAGCUGCACGGCGGCGGCGGCGGCGGCGGCGUGGAGCUCCCGGACGACGCCCAGGCCACGGUGCACCAGGAGAGUUCGGAGGCCGUGUCGGCGCUGCUGGCCUCCCAGAAGGCCGAGUCCACGGCGCUGUCGCCCUACCUCCCCCUCAACCCGUCGCCCGUGUCCUCGCCGCCCGUCCCGCCCUCGCCCUCGCCGUCGGAGGGAGGCCGGCGCGGCGAGGCGGAGCCGCACGUCAAGCAGCAAGGCGUCGUGGUCGGCGCCGCGGCGGCGGCGGCAAAGUGCAAGAUGGAGUUCGCUCCCUCCGAAGUUAUCAGGGCCGUGGCGUCGGCGGCCGACGACCCCCCCCAGGUGAAGGAGGAGAAGCCCGCCCUUCCUCCUCCUCAUCUUCAUCAGCACCCGCACCUGCACUACAGCUCCGUCUACGCCGGCGUCGCCGCCCCGUCUCCGUGUGAAGACCCCAGGAAACCUCUGCAGCUGCCCCCGCCCCCCCACAAGAUGAACUCGGCCCCGCCCCCACCAGACCCGGUCAGCGCCAGAACCAGCCCCAACCCGGGCUCGGCCCCCCUCGAAGGCCUGAAGCAGCGGUCCCAGGGGCCCCAGGGGUACCAGGGGUCUCAAGGGUACCAGGGGUCUCAAGGGUACCAGGGGCACCAGGUCUCCCAGGGGCACCAGGGGCACCAGGGGUACCAGGGGUCCCGCACCUCUCCGGGUCUUCCCAAGCCCCCCCCAGGCCCGCUGGAGCCCCCCAAACCCAAACCCAACCCGUCCCCGGAGCUCCCCAAACCUAAAGUCCUGCGCUACCCCGACCCCUCGCCGCCCCCGCCGGUCCGCCUGCCCUCCAAGGUGGAACCGGAACCCGCGCGGUCCGGUUUCAAGCCCCUCCCCCUGCGGGCGGAGGGGGGCGGAGUCAGGCCCGCCAGCACCAAGAGCCCCCUGAUCAUCGACAAGAACGAGACCUUCACCGUGUACCGGGACCCGGCGCUGGUGCAGUCCGACCCGGACGUCUCCGCCCCCCCGGCCGGCUCGUCCAACCACGUGACGGCGGCGUACCUGCACCCGCACAUGCACCCGCACCUGCACCCGUCCUCCUCCCCCCACCCGCCCUGCCUGGCCCCCGGGUCCCACGCCCUGCUGGCGCCGCCCCGCCACUCCCCGGGCCUGCCCCACCAGCACCUGCUGCCCCCCGGGAUGCUGCCGGCCAUGCCCCCCCCCUCCGCGUCUCUGCUGGGGGGCCACGCCCGCCUGGACGCCCCCGCCGGCCUGGGCCACCUCGCCCUCCCACACCCGGUCGCCGCCGCCGCGCACCAGCAGCAGUUUCUGCAGGGCCACGGCGCGGCCCCGGGGCUCGGCCUCUACCCCCUCCUCUGGCCGUACGCCAACGGGACGGCAGCGUCGUACCCGCCGGGACUCAACCUGCCGGCCAACUGGGUCCACUCGGACGGGCCCGUCACUGUGAACUCGGAGACGUCUCUCAGGAGGACGUCCACCAGUCCGUGGCUGCACCAGACCGCCUGCAGCGCCAGCGACGGUCUGGGUUUGCUGAAGCACAUUCCAGUCCGGCCGGCGAGCGCCGACGCCUACCGGCCCCCCGUCAAGAUGAGCACGCACAGCAGCCCCCCCAUCCCCAAGGCCAUGAUGGGGCAUAAAGAAGACCAUUCUAAGAAGAGCUUCUUGGACCCGGUCCGGACUCUGACGCUGGCCCAGCUGAAGCAGGAGCAGACGGACCGGAGUCGCCCCGCGGCGGGGAAGGACGUGCACAUCCACCGGCUGUACCUGGACCCGCACGGCAAGGCCCGGCUCUCCAACGCUCAGGAUGCAGGUCUGGGUUCCGACCGGUCCGUCGUCAAGUACAAGGAGGAGAACCGGCAGAUCCUGAAGGAGAGCAUCGAGGUGGCGCCGUUCACGGCUAAGAUCCAUCACCCCGGGACGGACCGGGACCGGGACCCGCCCAGGGACCAGGUCUUCCCGGUCCGGGUCCCGGCCCUGGCCUCCCAGAGCUCCAAGAGCACGUACUUCACCACGCUGUCCAACAGCAUCGUCAACGAGCCGCCGCGGCUCUUCCCCUCCAAGGAGCUGGGGAGCUACUACGACCCCCGGGGGACGUCGCCGGUUAGCGCUGGCGUUAGCGUCGCCGCGGCGGCGGCGGGGAACUCCUUCGCUAGUUUCACCCCCAAGGCCUCGCUGUCCAAGCCGCCCCCGCUCAUCAAGCACAAGCCGGAGGAAGGUCUGGCGGGGAAGAUCACGGAGCAGCUCAGCCAGCAGGUGUCGCUGGUGCAGCAGCAGGUUCACGCCGCCGUGGAUCGGAUGGAACGCCGCAGUCCAGCCGUGGACGUGGCCCUGUCCUCGGCCCCCGCCCACCACCACCACCCGCUGCAGCAGCACCUCAGGGCGAUGCCGUCCCUGCACCGCGCGCCCGUCUUCCACCCGCCCACGCAGCUAGCGCUGGAGCGUAAGGAGGCGUCGGAGCGCGAGCGGGAGUGGGAGCGGGAGAGGGCGGCCUACGGCGGGCGGCUGUCGCCCCCCACCCUCACGCCCAUCCAGCCCAUGAGCACCAAGGCCUCCGCGGAGCAGCAGAAGCCGCCCACGCUGGUGCCCGAACUCAGGGACGUCAAGGGCCACGGCGGCGGCAGCAUCGUCGCCGUGACCUCCGCGACCUCCGCCGGCAGGGGCGGGUUUUACAACCGGGAGAGAAACCCCCCGGCGGCGGCGACGGCGUCGGUCAUCGUACGUCCAACCAUGUCCCUGAGGUACGACGGUCCGCUCGGUGCUAACAACAAGUCCUCUUCUGGUGCUGCCAUCCAUAAGGAGCCCCACCCCCCAGGGAGGCCCGAGGGCGGGGGGGGUACCAGGACCGCCGCCGGGGAGCCCGGCAUCGGCCGGGUGAUCCAGCCCAACUCCAGGCUGGAUCUCACCUGCGUCCAGUACAAAAGCACCUCCGUUCCGGGCCCCCAGGGGGCCCCGGGGGUCCAGGGGGCCCCGGGGGUCCAGGGACCCCCCCCUUCCAGCAGGGCCGGGGUUUUGGUCUCAACAGACUCCCGGUCCGGGGGCCCGUCAUGGGACGGCUUGGCCCCCCUGAGGGUCCAGAACCACGACGGCCGCCCCACCACGUCUCCGGGCCCUUCGGCGGGGCCGCCCCCCGCCCAGAGCCCCGCCCAGGCCCCCCCGGGCCCCCCCACCUCCGUCUCCGGCCCCCAGCAGCCGCCGUACCCGCCCUCCUUCAUCCACCUCAAGAAGCACAAAGCCGCUCUGGCCGCCGCCCAGUCCAGAAGCCACGCCCCCCCCUCGGCCCCCCCCGUUCCCGUGACGACCAGAACUGGAACCCCCCCCUCGGGGUCGGACUCGGCCCCCUCCGGCCACAGCCUGACCCCCCCGCCCUGCUCGUCCGGCGGUUCCACGCCGGGCACCUGCAGCCCCCUGCCCAACGGCCAGCCCUCAGGCCCCGCCCCCUCGGGCCCUGGCCCCGCCCCCUCAGGCCCAGGCCCCGCCCCCUCAGGCCCCCCCAGCAACUACCACAAGCUGAAGAAGGCGUGGCUGACGCGGCACUCGGAGGAGGACCGGAACACGGCCGUCGCCGUGGUUACCGCGGUGCCCGCGGCCCCCCCCGUUGCCGCCGCCGUCGUCAGCAUCAAGGUGGCGAAGCCGCUCGUCACGACCGCCAACGCCUGCAACGCGGCGUCGGUGUCGGACAUGAUCAAGCCGUGCACCGUCAACCUCUGCGCCUCCACGUCCGGCGAGGAGCUGGGCAAGGACUGCGCCAGGGCUGAGCGUGAGCGGCAGCAGCAGCAGCAGCAGCAGCAGGAGGACAAGGUCGCGGCGUUGGGAGGCGGCGGCGACGACAGGAAGUCGACUCACCCGUCGCGGCGGGCCAGCAAGCGCUCGUACGACUCCGGCUCAGAGAGCGGCGGCGGAGACGACUCGGACUCGGCCAGCGAGAGCAAGACGGAGGGCCGGGCCAAACGGCAGCCCAAGCCCACGUACAAGAAGAAGCAGAACGACAUGGCGAGGCGGAGAGGAGACGACCGCGAGGACGACGACGGGAAACCCAACGGCAUCUUCAGGUCGGCCCGUGAGAAGACCAAGCUCAAGCUGGCCAGCAGCAACGGAAUCCCCCGCUCGGUGCUGAAGGACUGGAGGAAGGUGAAGAAGCUGAAGCAGACGGGCGAGUCGUUCCUGCAGGACGACUCCUGCUCCGAGAUCGGGCCCAACCUGCAGAAAUGUCGCGAGUGCCGGCUGGUCCGCAGCAAGAAGGGCGAGGAGCCGGCGCACUCCCCCGUCUUCUGCCGCUUCUACUACUUCAGACGACUGUCCUACAGCAAGAACGGAGUGCUCCGGACGGACGGCUUCUCGUCCCCGGAGCAGUUUGACGACGAGGCCCUGGCGUUGUGGGUCCCCGGGCCGGCCCAGGACGGCCCGCUGGACCACAACACGGCCAAGUACAUCCUCAGCUUCAUCGGGGACAAGUUCUGCCAGAUGGUGACGACGGAGAACACGGCGGCCGGCUGGAUCAAGAAGGACGCCAAGCCGGCCUGGAAACGGGCGGUGAGGGGCGUGAGGGAGAUGUGUGACGCCUGUGAAGCCACGCUCUUCAACAUCCACUGGGUCUGCCAGAAGUGCGGCUUCGUGGUCUGUUUGGACUGCUACAAGGCCAAGGAGCGGCGCAGCUCCAGAGAUAAGGAGCUGUACGGCUGGCUGAAGUGUGUCAAAGGUCAACCUCACGAUCACAAGCACCUCAUGCCGACGCAGAUCAUCCCUGGAACAGUUCUGGCAGACUUGGUGUCGUCCAUGCACUCCCUGAGGGACAGAAACAACAUCCGCUCUCACUGUCCCUGCAGCAGCAAGCAGAACGUCCUCUCCAAGCUACCGGCCACCAACGGCGUCUCUCAGGUUCUCCAGAACGUCCUGAAUCACAGCAACAAGCUGUCGCUGGUGAAGGCCGAGCCGGGCCCUCAGAACCACGGGGGGGUGAAGGCCGAGACCAACGGAGGAGACGGAGGAGGAGGAGGAGGAGGAGGAGCUGCAGGAGCAGGAGGCAGCAGUCCCGCCAGCAACGCAGCAAGUUCCCCCGUCUCCCCCCCGGAGUCCCAGUCGCCGCUGCACUUCCUGGCCGACCUGGCCGAGCAGAAGUCCCGGGAGGAGAAGAAAGAGAACAAAGAGACGGUGGUUGUGAGUAAACCGGUGAAGGAAGAAAAGGACGGCCUGGAGGUUCUGCAGCAGUGCCGGGCCUCGUCUCUGGGGGCCGGCGGCGGCGAGCAGGGAUCAACCCUCCGGGACCUGCUCACCACCACGGCCGGAAAACUGAAGCUGGGAUCCACCGACGCCGGCAUCGCCUUCGCACCCGUCUACUCCAGCGCCUCACAGACCGGUAAGGGCGGCCAGCCGAUGCCCAACAUCCUGGACGACAUCAUCGCGUCGGUGGUGGAGAAUAAAAUCCCCGCCAGCCGCCAGAACAUCACGGCCAAGCUGUCAAUCAAGCAGGAGGUGAUCGUCCCCGCCGCCGCCGCGGAGGACGCCAAACCAGAGAAGAAGAAGACGACGACGGGGACGGCUCCGACCGCGGCACCGCCCCCGGCGGCGGAGGACUCGGCCAAUCAGCACGCGGGGAUCCCCCACUGCUGGCUGAGCAACGGCCGGCUGCUGUGGCUCAAGGACCACCGUAACCACGGCAACUGGAGGCUGUUCAGGGAGAGCUGGAGGCUGGGACAGCCCGUCCUGGUGUCGGGGAUCCACAAGCGUCUGAACGUGGGUCUCUGGAAGGCCGAGUCGUUCAACCAGGAGUUUGCAGAUCACCAGGGAGACCUGCUGAACUGCAGAGACCAGGUGGUGACGAACUCCGGCAUCAAGGAGUUCUGGGACGGAUUCGAGGACAUCACCAAGCGUCCCCGGUCCGAGGACGGGGAGCCGAUGGUUUACCGUCUGAAGGACUGGCCGUCCGGGGAGGAGUUCAUGGCCCUGAUGCCGUCACGGUACGACGACCUGAUGAAGAACCUUCCCCUCCCAGAAUACUCUGAUCCCGAGGGGAACCUGAACUUGGCGUCUCACCUGCCCUCGUUCUUCGUCAGGCCGGACCUGGGACCGCGGCUCUGCUGCGCCUACGGUGUAGCAGCGUCUCAGGACCAGGACUUCGGCACCGCCAACCUGCACGUGGAAGUCUCCGACGUGGUCUCGGUCCUGGUCUACGUGGGCAUCGCCAAGGGCAACGGAGUCCUGUCCAAGACCGGGGUGCUGAAGCGUCUGGAGGAGGAGGACCUGGACGACGGCGUCCGGCGGAGGCUGAAGGAUUCCAGCGAGACUCCGGGGGCGCUGUGGAACAUCUACCUCAACAAGGACCUGGACCGGGUCCGGGACUUCCUGCACAAGCUGAGCAGGGAGCAGGGCCUGGACCUGAACCCGGACCAGGACCCCCUCAGGGACCAGGACCCCCUCAGGGACCAGGGCUGCUAUCUGGGCAGGAAGCAGCGGCAGCGGCUGCUGGACGAGCACGGGGUCCAGACCUGGACCGUAGUCCAGUUCCUGGGGGACUCGGUGCUGAUCCCUGCAGGCUGCAUGCACCAGGUCCAGAACCUCCACAGCUGCGUCCAGGUGAUCAACGACUUCGUGUCUCCGGAACACGUGACUCGGUCCUUCCAGCUGACGCAGGAGCUGCGGCCGAUCAAGGAAGAGGUCAACUACGAGGACAAGCUGCAGGUGAAGAACAUCCUGUUCCACUGCGUGAAGGAGGCCGUCCGGUCCCUGAAGAGGAGCCCGUCUGACGAGGACUCAUGACACCCGCCUGGCUUUGGCCACGCCUCCAGGGCGGGGUUAGCCACGCCCCCUCGGCCCCCCCGCCACUCGCUCAUCGUCACGGCGGUUGGUCAAAGCUGGUCACAUGACCUGGUCACAUGACUGCUCGGUCGUCACGGGUGGGACGCCUCCAUCCCCACCUGAGCUGCAGGGCCGAGAGGAGACGCAGGGCUGCACCGCCGGGGGGGGCCGAGGGGGCCCCUGGACCCCCGGGGGGCCGGGGGGGCCUGAAACUAUAAUGGAAUAAUUUCCUGAAAAUGUAAAAAAAUUUGCACUUAACUCAAUCGAAAAUGUAAUAAAACCCAAUAAUGUAAUAACUUCACCAACAAUGUAAUAAAAUAUCCUGACGGAUAUUGUAAUAACAUUUUUACCGAUAAUGUAAUACCUUAUUACAUUAUUGGGAAGUUAUUACAUUUUCAGGUGGGUCUUUUUUUCCAAAUUUUCCUGAUAAUGUAAUACUUGACAAAUUCCAGUCCAGAGUUCUAUGGAGGAUUUUUUGUGUCAAAAUUAAAUAAUACAUAAUUAAUUAAUGUAUUUAUUUAUUUAAUGUGUCAUGAAUUAUUAAAAUUGGAAUUAAAUAUGUCAAAGUAAUUAAAUGCUGAAAUAAUUAAAU